AUCUCUGAUCGAGAUCUUAGGUGGUGUCAUUCGAUUCAGAUAUUUUGAGAAAGCGGCCCCUUACAAUGGCGGAACCACUAUGUUUUGGCUCCUAUCUUCCUAUUGGCGUGUACAUUCUCAGAUCGAGAUCUGAGAUGGACGCGAAUUGGAGGAUAGGAGGGAGCUUCAAUUUGCAGGCCGUCGGAAAAUUCACCUUCUCACGGAAUGGAGGUUUACCGUGUAGUCUUCAGCGUCAGGUAAAAUUUCUUUCCAUCUCAUCUCAAAUCAUCUUAGGGUUAGGGUGAUAUGAACAUGCAAUUCCUAUGGUCAUGAUGAUUUGGUCUUGCAUAGUGCUUCUUCCCUCUCAUGUUAGGUUUAGGUUUACGGUGAUAUGCAAAUGGAAUUCGUACGGUUAUGAUGAUUUGAACUUGCUUGGUCUUGCUCCGGUCAUGAAAAUUAUCACCUUAGGGUUAGGGUUAGGGUUAGGGUUAGGGUGAUAUGCAUAUGGAAUUCCAUGGUCAUGAUGAUUUGGUUUGCAACUUCUGAUCUGAGUAUAUUUCUCUGUGAUAAUGAUGUAACAAUUUCUGCCUAUGAAUUCAAGUUGUUUAACGCAGUAGCGGUCUAGAAAAUGUUGGAUUACAACGAUUAUUUAAUGUUUGUUUUCUUAGUUUUUUUUGCUAAUUUAAUUUGUUCUUGCUAAAUAUUCUGUUUAGUUUAGUAAUCAACUCUGGCUAUAUGGAAAUAAAUAAAUUGAAUGAAAUAAAAUUUGGUCAACGCCAGCAAGUUGCACAUUAAGAAUUAACCUGAUACGAUAUAAGUUUUAAUUAGUUUAAAUUGAAGGUUGUCAAAAGUGGCAUUACAAAUGUGUGGUAGUAUUUGUUGAUUGCUUAAUUGAAAAUAUCUUUCAAAAAUGGUGGAGCAGGGGGAUUGGAAUACAGAAACAUAUUUAGAAAUAUCAGAACCGAUGGUGUAUGGGAAUGUUCUCUGUUUACAUAACACCCUUUGGGACAUUUUUGGUUAAUUUGUUUAUGCUUAGUACUUAACAGUCCUUCAUAAAAAAAUCUGUUUGGUUGGUAGGUGUACUGUUAAUUUGAGUCUAUAUGUGAGUUAAAGUAUGUGUCUGAAUUGUAGAUUGAUAUAAUCUUAUCUGACCUUUCAUUGUUAAUUCUGUCUUACUGCAGGUUCUUUUGAAUUUUAACUACAUAUACUAAAACUUAGAUUAUCUAACUCUCUUCUAUUUGUAAAUAUCAGAAUUGAUGAUAUACGGGAAUGUUCUCUGUUUGCAU